GCUGUGUGGUGUAUUCAGGUGAGCUUGAUGCACGCGCAGAGCUCAUUUCACCUGCAGCAGCUGCAGAACCUACCGACCGACCGACCGACAGCAACAAAAGAACCGACAGAACAAAGAAGAAGAACAAUCACACAAACCUUUAUUCUGUCACCGGAAACAAAAAGACUGCAAUCAUGAUGGAAAAGUCAAAGAGUCAGUACGACUCCUUCCUGUUCUGGAGGCAGCCGAUCCCGGCCCUGGACCUGUCGGAGCUGGAGGGCCUGGGUCUGAACGGCGGCCAGCCGGCCAAUAGGAAGGCAGGAAAAGACAAGUCAUCCUCUCUGAGGAAACAGGAGAAGGAGGAGGAGAUCCCGGAGUUUUCCUCCUUUAACUAUUGGAGAGCUCCGAUCGCCGACGUGGGCACUCUGUUGGCCGACUUCAACCUGCUGCUCUGAAACACAACGCUCCACCACCUGACCCCAGAUCAGCCCGACAUCACCUGACCCCUGACCCCAGAUCAGCAUGACAUCACCAUCCACACUGAAGGAAAUGUUAGUUUCAGGAAGUUGCCAAAAUAAGAGCAUGGUUUUCACAGUAAAACAGAGGUUGACCCUGGUUCAGAUUAAACUCUGUGAUUCUGAAUCAUCCGUCUGAACAUUUAUUUUAUAUGAACACAGUUUCUCUGUUUGUAACCAGGAGUCUGUAUCACAGAGAGUCUUUGUCUGUUCCUGAUAACAACUGGUAUCAGGAAGCUGAUUAUCAAUCUGCAGAUGUAUAAAGUCGAUAGACUAAAAUCAACCGGAACAGAAUAAAUGCAGCACCUUAACACAUACAAUAAUUAUGAUUAUCAGUUAUAAAUAUAAACAGAUCUUUAAUCUGGGAAAUGAUGGUUCGAAGUUGAUGUUGUGUGAAAAUACUGAAAUACAAAGUGUUUGAUAACAUUUUAUAAUUCAAUAGGAGCUGAUUUAAUGAAACCAGAACACCCAAAAUCAAAAGUGAUCUCACUGUGAUACAGAUCCCAGAUCAGCCGUCCCUUUGUUUCUGAUUGUCUCCUGAUCUUUAAUCUGAUCUCAGACCUGAUUUCAAACCUGAUCUCAGACCUGAUUUUACACCUGAUUUCAAACCUGAUCACAGACCUGAUUUCAAACCCGAUAUCAGACUUGAUUCCAGACGUUACACCGGAAUAAGAAACCAGAUUCUGAUCCGACUGAGGAUGUGAACCGACAACUCUCCAGUUUGAAAAAUGAGAUUUUAACCCCCUUGAACAAAAUGCUAGAAACUGGAAUGAUUGAAUCAGUGUUUCUGUGAUAAAUGUUAUUUAUUUAUAAAUGUAUUAAUUUAUUCAGGAGGUGAUGCGUUCAAACCCGCCUGAGACUAAAGUUUUGAUCCGUUUCCAUUUGUGCCUUUUUAUUUCUUUCAUCCUGAGGUGCUUUAUUAAUAGUCACGUUCACUGAUUAUUUAUUUAUUUAUGUAUUUAUUUAUUCCUCAUGUUGUUUGACUGAGCCGGCCUCACACUGGAUCCACAAGAAGAAAAAAUACAGAAUGUAAAACCUGCCAACAAUAAAAGAAAAUGUCCUUUUUCUGAUCAAAA